ACAGAUCUGCUUCAGAUUGACUGGAGUUCAGAGGUCUCUUUCAGUCUACUGAAUACUUCCACUUUAAGAAGGCGGCUCCGUCGCAGUGUAGUGUGUUUAUACGAUCCCAGAAGUGGCACCACCACAUGGAAAACGAUACUGUGUUUUUAAUUCAACAUGGCGAAAGCAUAUGCCGCUCCUCCAGUGGAUACAUUUGACAAACUUUAAUUGUGUGUACAGUGGUGCGUUUAGACAAGAUGAUCGAAAGUUGAUAUUGUUCCUGUCUGACUAUUUUUACACCACUGCCAGUGAGUGGAGCUACAGUAAAUGCGGCAACAUACGGCGCGCAGGGAAAGGAACCGAGAGAAGUGAAGGCGUACUGGAACGUUACACAUACAAGAGGAGCAAUUUAGAAAACGGACGUGAAAUAAACAGUGUUAGUUCGUGCCAAAUCAGCGAGUGAGAGUAGCCUACGCUACGUGACAUAGUGAGAUGGACGGACUACGGGGAACGGGCUGUGAGCGCACCUCAACCGACCGCGAGUGAACAGACCGAGCCUGAAGCGGAUUGGGAUGGCAGCAUCCAGCAACUCAAGCCAGUCGGGUUCAUCAGUGUCUUCUGAUCCUGAGGAUUACCAACCGCCCAUAUGGAAGUCUUACUUGUACCGGCUCCAGCAGGAAGCUCCUCGGCCCAAGAGGAUGACCUGCCCUCAGGAGAUGGAGACCAGACCCAAAUAUUACGGCAGAGAGUUCCAUGGCAUGCUAUCCAGAGAGUCUGCAGAUGAGCUACUGGGAGGAGCAGAGGGGGCUUACCUUGUCAGAGAGAGCCAGAGACAGCCAGGGACACACACCUUGGCCUUAAGGUUUGGGCACCAGACCCUGAACUACAGACUGUUCUAUGACGGGAAGCACUUUGUGGGGGAGAAGCGCUUUGAGACGGUCCAUGACCUGGUGACGGAUGGCCUCAUCACCCUGUACAUCGAGACCAAGGCAGCAGAGUACAUCGCCAAGAUGACCACCAACCCCAUCUAUGAACACCUGGGCUACACAUCCCUGCUGAAGGACAAGAUGGGGCACCGGCUGAGCCGGAGACGCACUGAACCUCAUAGGGUCACCUUCCAGAGAGAGGACAGGAAGAUCACCACUUCUCCUCUGGUACGGCACAGCACCCUGAAAGACUGCCCCUCCGAGAAGCAGAGCUCCUAUGACAAGAUCCACAACUUCAAGGUUCAUACUUUCCGAGGGCCUCACUGGUGCGAGUAUUGCGCCAACUUCAUGUGGGGCCUCAUAGCCCAAGGGGUCCACUGCUCAGACUGUGGGCUGAACGUACACAAGCAGUGUUCCAAGCUGGUGCCCAGCGACUGUCAGCCAGACCUGCACAGGAUUAAGAAGGUGUUCAGCUGUGACCUCACUACCCUGGUCAAGGCCCACAACACCACACGGCCCAUGGUGGUGGACAUGUGUAUCAAGGAGAUAGAACUAAGAGGUCUGCAGUCUGAGGGCCUCUACAGAGUGUCUGGCUUCUCAGAACACAUUGAGGACGUGAGGCUCGCCUUUGACCGAGAUGGCGAGAAGGCAGACAUCAGUGCCAAUGUGUACAACGACAUCAACAUCAUCGCUGGAGCUCUGAAGCUCUAUCUGAGAGACCUGCCCAUUCCAGUCAUCACAUUCCACGUGUACUCCAAAUUCAUACAAGCUGCAAAAAUCCCCAACCCAGACACCAGACUGGAGGCCAUCCACGAGGGGCUGCUGCAGCUCCCGCCAGCCCACUACGAGACCCUACGCUACCUGAUGAUGCAUCUCAAGAAGGUCACCAUGUUUGAAAAGGACAAUUUCAUGAAUUCUGAGAACCUGGGGAUUGUGUUUGGUCCGACGUUAAUGCAGCCGCCUGAACAGAACGCCCUGGCCACUCUGAACGACAUGAGGCAUCAGAAACUCAUCAUACAGCUCCUGAUAGAGCAUGAAGACGUCUUGUUUUGAAGGACUGUCUGUUGCUGGGUGUAGGAUGUUUGAUUUAUUCCAUACCAGAGGAAUCUCAAGCCAUCAUGUCUGUCAUCAUAUGAAGUGUCAAAAUGCUAUUGUGGUCAGAUUUUAGCUUCCAUUACUUCUCUCCCAUAAGCAUGAGUGUUGAAGUUGAGUCUGUGGUACGUCAGUCAGACAUCAUGUCUUGUUACAGUAAGGUCAAAGGUUGUCACAUCCUGCCAUAUUCUCGUUAAGAGGAACAAGGUACUGGAUACGUCCCAAAUGGCACCCUAUUUUCAUUACUUCUGAACAGGCCCCAUAGGGCUCUGGUUAACAGUAGUGUACACUAUAUAGUGAGUAGGGUGCCAUUUUAGAAAAAGCAAUUGAUUCCAACAUUUCCACACACCUUUCAUGGAGUCAAGUAGCCUAGCGGUAAGUGUUGGGCCAGUAAACGAAGGUUGCUGGUUUGAAUACCCGAACCGACAAGGUUAAAAAUCAGUCAAUGUGCCUUUGAGCAAGGCACUUAACCCUAAUUUGCUCCAGGGUCGCUGUACUACCAUGGCUGACCCUGUAAAACAACACAUUUCACUGCCCGUUUUCCGGUGUCUGUGACAAUAAAAACAUGUUUCCAUAAAUCUAGCAUCAUCACACUAACACAUUCUUCUUGGUUGAUGUCUGUCUGUAUAGUGAUUGUCAUGCUCAAGUGUGUUCGUUGUGUGCUUCUUGGUCAAUGAGUCUCAUGACUCAGUAACUGUGUGAUCCUGUAGGGUGAGAUAUGGAUGGAUGGUCUAUGUAUGAAGCACUGUGCUGAUCAAUUUAUUUUGUGAAGAUUUCUUUAUGUUUUCAGCAUCAUGUGCUUUUUUUCACC